AUGGUGGUCCCUCCUGCCUCCGAACCGUCCUCGGUGACGCCAUUGCCGAAUGGAUACUCUCACGUGUCGUCCCCGGACAAUUCAAGUGAUCAAGAAGAUGUCGUCAUGACCGAUGUUGACAGCGAACUGUCUGAUUCUUCCGAGCCCAAUGCCGUCGCCGAGUCCGCCGGUGACGAUGUUGCCCGCCCAGACUCUUCCGGAACCGGGGUCUCCAACUCUGGUGAUAGCGUUAGAGAAUCGGGAAUGGACACGAACCAACGUGACAGUACUCGCCCAUCCACUUCUGAUAACGCCGCUUCUCCCGCUUCUGGCCGUGGAAUGAAGCGUAAAUCGCCCAUGGUGGACGAGAUGGAGUUCAUGCGGCAGAAUCCAGAGCUCUACGGCCUUCGUCGAAGCACUCGCGCUCGAACUAUCCGGCGCCCCAUCAUUGAAUCUUCCUCGUCUGAUUCCGAAUCCGACGAGGUUGCUUCGCGCACGAAGCGUCGUCGUCGUAACGUGUCCGAACAGACCUCGAAACGCCCAUCUCGUUCCGUGACCCAAUCUUCCUUCUCUGAAUCUGACAGUGACGAAUACGGUGGGCCGCGUGCUCGCGCGUCCAGGGCCAGACAUCGUCGACAGCUCCAGGCUUCUUCAAAUCAGCAGGUGCCUCAUACCGAGGUCCGAUUCUCUACUAGAAACGCCACAAAGGUCACGAGCUAUAAUGAGGAUUCGGAUGAUGAUAUGUUCGAAGAUGAUCCUGAUGAUCUAACCCCGAAUUAUUGGGUCAAUGCGGUUGAAGACGAUCGUCCUGCGGUGGAUGUUGUUCUCAACCACCGCUUCAAGGACGGCUUCGACCCGAAAAAGGACCAAGUCACUCGGAACGACUGUGAGUUCUACAUCAAGUGGCAGGGCAAGUCCCACUACCAUGCUACCUGGGAGACCGCCGAGUCCCUGGCAAAUUGCCGCAGCACACGUCGAGUCGAUAACUACUUUCGAAAGGUCGUCGAAGAGGUGCGCCUCAACAACGAUCCCGAUAUUCCUCCUGAAGAGAAGGAGAAAUGGAAUCUUGAUCGGGAGCGUGAGGUUGAGGCGAUUGAAGACUACAAGAAAGUCGAGCGCAUUAUCGGGCGCCGUGACGGCGAGAAUGGCCCGGAGUACUUCGUGAAAUGGAAGCGUUUAUUCUACGACUCCUGCACUUGGGAGAGCGAGGCCCUCGUCAAGGAGAUCGCUUUGCCGCAGCUGGAUCGUUUCCUUGACCGUGCCAAUCGUCAAGUUACCUGUAACAAGAAAGAGAUGAACCCAGAUACUAGGAGUCGCUUCGAACCCGUGAAAUCCACCCCCUCGUUUUUGCAUAACGGCGAAUUGAAGGAGUUUCAGGUGAAGGGUCUGAAUUUCUUAGCUUUCAACUGGGUUCGCAAUCGCAACGUCGUUCUCGCCGACGAAAUGGGUCUGGGCAAGACUGUUCAGACUGUUGCAUUCAUCAGCUGGCUUCGCCACGUUCGAAAGCAGGAAGGCCCCUUUGUCGUCGUCGUUCCACUAUCUACUAUGCCCUCUUGGGCCGAGACGUUUGACAACUGGACUCCUGAUUUGCACUACGUGGUUUACAACGGAAAUGAAACGGCUCGGAAUAUUAUCCAAGAGUAUGAACUCUUGAUUGAUGGCAAUCCCCGUAAGCCCAAGUUCAAUGUUCUACUCACCACCUAUGAGUAUGUGUUGCUCGACUCGUCGUUUCUGAGUCAGAUACCUUGGCAAUUCUUGGCAGUAGAUGAAGCACAUCGCCUCAAGAAUCGUGAAUCCCAGCUCUAUGCCAAGCUGCUAGAGUUCAAUGCGCCCGCGCGGCUGCUCAUCACCGGCACUCCGAUUCAGAACAAUUUGGCUGAACUGUCUGCACUCAUGGACUUUUUGAAUCCGGGUCUGGUCAACAUCGAUGUCGACAUGGAUUUGAACUCGGAAGCUGCGUCUCAAAAACUCGCCGAACUCACGGAGGCUAUCCAACCUUUCAUUCUGCGUCGUACGAAGUCUAAGGUGGAGACUGACUUGCCUCCGAAGACGGAGAAGAUUAUCCGUGUUGAGCUUUCUGAUGUCCAGCUCGAAUACUACAAGAACAUUCUGACAAAGAAUUACGCAGCCUUGAACGAAGGGGCCAAAGGCCAGAAACAAUCCCUUCUGAAUAUCAUGAUGGAAUUGAAAAAGGCUAGCAAUCAUCCAUUCAUGUUUCCUAACGCCGAGGCGAAACUCUUAGACGGCAGCACUCGUCGCGAAGACAUCUUGAGGGCAUUGAUUACAAGCAGUGGCAAGAUGAUGCUCCUCGACCAGCUCCUCGCUAAAUUGAAGCGGGACGGCCACCGUGUCUUGAUCUUCAGCCAGAUGGUUAAGAUGCUAGAUAUCCUCGGAGACUAUAUGGAAUAUCGAGGCUACCAGUAUCAACGGCUCGACGGCACCAUUGCAGCUGGACCCCGUCGUCUCGCAAUCGACCACUUCAACGCCCCGGAUAGUGACGACUUUGCAUUCAUCUUGUCCACCCGAGCUGGUGGUCUUGGCAUCAACCUUAUGACUGCCGACACUGUUAUUCUGUUUGAUUCGGAUUGGAAUCCUCAGGCUGACUUGCAAGCAAUGGCCCGAGCGCACCGUAUCGGUCAAACGAAGCCUGUGAGCGUCUAUCGUCUUGUCUCCAAGGAUACUAUCGAAGAAGAAGUCCUGGAGCGUGCGCGAAACAAACUUCUUCUGGAGUUCAUUACUAUUCAGCGAGGUGUCACAGAUAAGGAGGCCUCCGAGCUUCAGAGCAAGAUGGCCCGCGCUGUGGGUGAGCCUACGGGCACGGAAGACAUAUCACGGAUUCUCAAGCGACGUGGCCAGAAGAUGUUCGAGCAAACCGGCAACCAGAAGAAGCUGGAGCAACUCGAUAUUGACUCCGUGUUGGCCAAUGCCGAACUACAUCAAACUGAGCAGGCGGAGAGCUUGCAAGCGGACGGGGGUGAAGAGUUUCUCAAGGCAUUUGAAUUUGUUGAUAUCAAGGUGGAUGAUCUAAGCUGGGAUGACAUCAUUCCCAAAGAACAACUUGAAGAGAUUAAGGCCGAAGAGAAGCGCAAGGCUGAUGAACGCUAUCUCGCGGAAGUUAUUGAACAAAAUCGACCCCGGAAACGCAACGCUCCAGGCGAUGCACGCGAUGAGCGGGAAGAACGGAAAGCGAAACGUCAGGCCCGAGCACAGGUCAACGCCGAUGCUGAGGCAUCCGAUUCAGCCGAGGCACUGGAUCCUAAGCGACCUCUGGAUGAGAAGGAAUAUCGUCACUUAUUGCGUGCGUUUUUGAGAUACGGUGAUAUUGAUGAUCGUGAGGAGGAUGUGAUUCGAGAAGCGCGGCUUGUUGGCCGAGACAAGGACACCAUCCGGGCUGCUCUCCGGGAGAUUACUGAUAAGGCUGCUGAGCUUGUGAGGGAAGAUACGGAGAGGCUUGAGGCAAUGGAGCAAGAAGGAAAAGCGCCGACUAAAAAAGAGAAAAAGGCGGUCCUCUUUGAUCUCCAUGGAGUCAAGCGACUCAAUGCGUGGACUAUUGUUGAACGCCCUGGAGAGAUGCGUCUGCUUCGAGAGGUCGUGUCGUCGGUUCCAGACCCCAAGAGCUUUCGUAUACCGGAAGCCUCUAAGAAGGCCGAUUAUUCGUGUCCAUGGGGCGCACGUGAAGACGGAAUGCUUUGUGUGGGUAUAGCUCGACAUGGAUAUGGGGCUUGGGCACAAAUCCGUGACGACCCCGAGCUUGCGCUUGGCGACAAACUUUUCUUGGAAGAGAAUCGGGUGGACAAGAAGAAUGAACGCAUGAACGGGACCGAUAAAACUGCGAAAUCGCCCGGGGCUGUCCAUCUGGUCCGCCGUGCCGACUAUCUAAUCUCUGUCUUGAAGGAAAAGCACAAACAGGGAGCAAAUGCUACCGCAAAGAAGGCUGUUGAAAACCAUCACCGCACCAACAAGAAGAAUAGCGCUCACAACCGUCAACAAACUGGCACUAGCGUGUCUGCGUCUCCCGCACCUCCCAAUGUGCGAAAACCUCAUCGUGAAGGAGAUAGAUCCCGUCAGCGCUCUCAGACCCACGGAGUUCGAGAUAGUGUUGAACGGGCGAAUACACCAAAGUCUGACAGCCGACCAAAGGGGGGACAGACCGUGGACAAAGCUCGCAAGCGGAACCAGAAUAAUGGAGUGCAUGAAGAUUCUCAUCGGCGCCACAGCAGCAGCAAUGGUGUCUCCGGGAGCGAAGGCAUGGAAGACCUGUUCUUUGAGCCCAUUCGGCAAGAUUUGGAGAAGGUUUCUCGGGUAACCAAGGCAAACUUCCCCGAUAAGUCAGCUCGCGCUCGGGAGUUGCGGAGUCUCAUUCGUACAAUCGGAGAUUUUAUCAAGAACACUUUGGAAGGGCAAACCGUGGAGGGAUUGGAAGAUCGGCUUUGGCGUCAUAUUGCUGAACGGUAUUGGCCAAACCGUGAAGCAGGGGUGGACCAGCUGAAGCAAAUGUACCACAAGAUCGUUGCUGCCGAUCAGGCAGCGGCGAAGGAGGCCACCGCAAACGGGGCCUAA